AGAGAAGCAGGAGAGAUGGUGGGUGUCCCAUCCAGCAGCAUCCACGCUGAGUGAGGACCAACCACCACACACUGCUGGAGCUGCCUUUGCUGUGGGAGCCCCAGGCAUCCUGCCCAGGGCCAGGCAGGCUGGCUGCUUGCCCAGUGGCGUGUAAGCCGUGCCUCUCACAUGUGUCACCAGGUGAAUGGGCCUGUGUCACAUGUGGAGAGCUUGGUGCUCCCCUGGGAAGAGGUUUUGUGGUUUUGCCCCUCAGGCAAGGGUGCCUGGGCAUGGAUGUUCCUUUGGGUGCAGCAUCCCCAAAGCCCUUUUUUGGCAAAGCAGAUGCUUUUUUUGGGGCUCCCAUUGCUGUGUUGGCCAAACUCUGCAGCAAGGAUUAGGAGGGGAUGGAGUGAGGCACAGCUUUGGGCACACUGGUGCAUCCAGGUCCCUGCUGCUGCCCUGACCAGCACGAGCAGGAGGAGAUAAAGCUGGCCCAGCUUUAAAACCCUGGGGUUUAUCAGUGUAAAUUGGCACUGCCAGAUGUGUUGGGAACAGAUGACAAGCAGUGAUACCAAAUCCAUUUGGCUUGGUGCUGCCAUCCUCACAAACCUCCCUGCCCCAGCAGCAGGGCCCUGGAAGGCAGGAUGGGGAGGGUGGAUCUGGGGUCCGGGUGUUGCCUUGGGGGUGAAGCUGUGGGGCAGCAGCUCCAGCUGGGAAGCAGGAGUGAUGCUGUCAGGGGGAGAGGGGGGAGAAGCAGAGCCAGGAUUUUCCUCACUUGUGUUUAGCAGCUGAGGCAGGGGUUAACCAGCCCAGGUGCCCAGCAGGAACAACCCAGAUUAACAGCACUUCGCUUCACUAAAAUUAACCCGAGGCUUUUGUGGCAGCCAGGCAGAGCUGGAGCCACACGUGGUCUGCAGCCUCCACCUCAGCUUUCCCCUUGGAGCUUCUGCUCCGUGAUUUGCCAUAGGAAUUUUGUCAAACCCUUUUAGCUAAACUGAUCACAGAGAUGAAGUAUUGGAAUAUAGGUAUAAAAAUGGUCUCUUAGUAGCUGAUCUGUGUGUAGGUGGGGGUCCUGGGAAGACUGGGGAUCCUGGGAGGGCUGGGGUUCCUGGGAAGUUUGUGGAUUCUGUGGUGCUGGGGUCCCAACAGGGCUGGGGAUCCUGGAGAGGCUGGGAGGGCUGGGGGUCCCGGGAGGGCUGGGACCCUCCGGAGCACAGCUCCCAGGCUGGGGAGCUCACAGCAGGGUGGGCUGUGGUGAACAUGGGCUGGAGCCCCUGGACAGGGAAGUGCAGCCUCUCCCAGCCUGCAGGAGCAGGGAAACUGAGGCAGGGGUUUCUUGGAUGCCCUUGUUUCCCCUCCCGGGUCCGAGCAGGGCUCGGCAGCGCGGGGCCCCCAUCCCGGAGCCUUUGUGGCCCGGGCGCCGCCGCAGCGCCGCUGCUGAGUCAGGGAUUCGUGCCGGGGAGCCCCGUGACCCAGCGGAGGGGGACCCUGGGGGAGAGGGGUGGCGGCCAAGCACCGAGGCGACAGCUCUGCGGAAAGCCGGCGCUGCUCCGUGCUGGGGCCGAGGGACAGAGGGACAGCUGAGCAGGAGCCGCUGCCAUGGGCUCCCGGCACUUCCCGGCCCGGACCGUGCUCUUUGAGAAGGAGUCCAGCGGUGUCACGUACCGUGUGCCCGCCCUGCUCUACCUGCCCUGCGUGGCCAAGCUGCUGGCGUUCGCCGAGGAGCGCCUCAGCGCCGACGAUGCCCACGCCAACCUGCUGGUGCUGCGCCGCGGCACCAUCUACGGCAGCUACGUGGAGUGGGAAGACAUGCGUGUGCUGGAGACAGCAACGCUGCAGCACCAUCGCUCAAUGAACCCCUGCCCGCUCUACGAUGAGUUCACGGGCACCCUCUUCCUCUUCUUCAUCACGGUGCUGGGCAGGACGCCCGAAGCCUACCAGAUUGUCACUGGCCAAAAUGUCACCCGCCUCUGCUGUGUCACCAGCGCUGACCAGGGCCUGAGCUGGAGCACAGCCACAGACCUGACCCAGCAGGUCAUUGGAGCAACCAUCAAAGACUGGGCGACGUUUGCGCUGGGCCCCGGGCACGGCAUCCAGCUGCGCUCGGGCCGGCUGCUGGUGCCCGCCUACAGCUACCACAUCGACUGCAAGGAGUGCUUCGGGCAGCUCUGCAAGACCACCCCGCACUCCUUCGCCUUCUACAGCGACGACCACGGCCGCGGCUGGCGCUUCGGGGAGUUCAUCCCCAACCUGCAGACGGGCGAGUGCCAGCUGGUCUCCGUGGAUGAGGAGGACGGAUCCAACGUCCUCUACUGCAACGCCCGCAGCCCCCUGGGCUUCAGGGUGCAGGCGCUCAGCACGGAUGACGGGGCUGUGUUCCACGGGGGGCAGCUGGUGCAGCGGCUGGUGGAGCCUCCCCACGGCUGCCAUGGCAGUGUCAUUGGCUUCCCCGCGCCGCUCCUGUACGUCCCCACGGCCUCCCGGGACAGGGGAAUGUCCCCCCGAGGCUCAGUUUGCCGGCUGCUUCCUGGGGUGCUCCAGAGGUUUGGGCACCAACAGGCAGGAGGUGCUGAACAGCCUGCUGGCAACCACCACGAGCCAGAUGAGCCCGGUGAGGACUGUCCCACCCCAGGGCAUCACGAUGACCCCCACAACGCCACCCUGGUCCAGGGAGACUCUGCAGCCACCCCCAGCCCCACGCCCUUCUUCCAAGCACCAACGUGGAUCCUCUACUCCCACCCCACCAGCUCCAUGUCGCGGGUGAACAUGGGGGUCCACCUGAGCACCUUCCCCAGGGAUGCAGAGAGCUGGACAGAGCCCUGGGUCAUCUACGAGGGCCCGAGCGCCUACUCGGACCUGGCGUACAUGGAGCUGCCGCUCCGGGACGCGCCGCUGGCCGGCGGCACGGCCAUCGCCUUCGCCUGCCUCUACGAGAACGGCGUGAGGUCUCCCUAUGAGCAGAUCUCCUUCAGCAUGUUCACGCUGCACGACGUGCUCCAGAACAUCCCCCUGACGGCCGCGGCUCCCCGGCGGCGCCCCGCGGGGAAGAGGAGGAGGAGGAGGAGGAAGAGGAGCUGCCUGGUCUCCUAGAGCCCACCCCAGCGCUGGAUCCUGGAGCAGCCACCCACAGGCUGGGUCCUGCCACCAUCCAGCACGGCCACACGGCACAGAGGUGUGUUGCUGUCCCCACACUGGGGUUAUCUCGUCUUUAUUGCUAUUUUUUAAAUUCUGGUUUGGGUAGGGAGGCUUUUGCCCCCGGGCUCCUCUCCAAGCAAGAGCCACCUCUGGAAGCAGAUACUGGGGGGCAACAGCAGCAGUGCAGGGGGAGGCAGCCAGGGGUACCCUGUGCCAGCCCUGAGUGCCAGGUGCUGGCUCAGGGGGAUGUGGUGCUCCAGCUGUGCCACACCUGGUACCACCACCCUGCUCUGAGGGCUUUCCUCCCCUUGUUAUAAAUAGUUAUGCUACAUAAAUAUGGUAUAUAAUGUUAAAUUCUUUCUUUUUCAUGAAAAGGUUUUUCUCAAUGGUCUCUCUGAAGUCACUCUGAGGGUUUGGGCUGGGGUAGAGUUCCACUCCUUCAUGGUAGCUGGGGUUUAUAUUUGGGCUGAUGAUAAAGAAAUAUUUGUAUUGCACUACUUGUCUGUCCGGGCUUUUAGUUCUCUUCAUUAUUUUUCUUUUUAUUACAAUUUAUUAUUUCAAUUAAAGCUUUUCUUUGUCAACCCAGGA